UGAAGAUGACAAAAUUUUUACUGGACGUGUUAGUAAUGCAUUGGAAAAAAUGCUAAAAGAAUGCACUUUUGAGAACGGAUAUAAAUUUUCGGAGGAAGAUAAAAAACCUUCACAAUUGCCGACAUUUAAGCCUUGGAAACAGCUCAAAAAUGAAUCAAAAAAACAUUUCAAAACAGUCAUAAAAACAUUUAAAUUGUUACCUAAAAAAGUAGCUCCCGAAGUAUCUUUAGGAAAAAUUGACAAAAAUAUUACAAGUUUGUGUUUUAAUUUUAAGUCGGACCUCCUAUUUUACAUACAACCUUGGGACUGA